CCACCACCUGCACGCUCUACUUCCUACAUACAAAAAAAGGUUUCACGCUUGGUCGAGUUCUUUGGGACCGAUGACUUAUCUGAUUCAUUCUUUUAUUACCCUAUGAUUUAAAAAAGGAAGUAUACUUCUUAAAGAGAGAGAUACUAGACCGCCUUUCGUGUCGUCGUCGUUCUUCUACCACGACGCCUGUUGGCGAGGCAUUAAGAAGGAUAAGGAAGAAAAUUGGUGGGAAAAGAAAGAUUCGAUCUUGAUUUCGAAUUCUGAGCGAGAUUGACGUUUGCACUUUACGCGUGUUACCUGGUCUCGUCUCCUUCGUCUCUGGACGCGAUCCAGUCCGACCUCGAUUCUCGAUCUACAACACCACGAGCCGAAUACAACUCCUGCAGAAGGACCAAAAAAAAAACGCAAAAAUGGACUCUUUGGGCUCAUCACCUCGAAAAGGCUCCUCCGCCGAACCAACACUACCAACAAUGAAGCCCUACUCCCUCGCCGGCUCCAAGCGUUCAGCGCCGAGUCUCCUCCCGCCCUUUGAGCCGCUCUCAUCAUCUCCAAACCUCCCUCGACCCGUGAAGCGACAAAAUCUCGGUUCUGGCCGUUCCUCGUCCCGAGCUCACCUCAAAUAUCCUACUCCUGUCCCUACGUCGAGUACAGGUAUCCUCUCGAGUUCCCCGCCUCAACGGUCCGCUACCGCUUCCGAGCGUGCCCCGCUCGCUGCCGUCCCCGCUGUCGAACUCUCGGAAAACGGCGAGACCCUCAUCAUGGGUCGAUCGUCAAACUCGUCACACUACCAGAUCUCCGCUGACCGCCUCGUCUCCCGCGUCCAUGUAAAGGCUCGCUUCGUCGCUGCUGCGAGCCCGCUUGAGCCCAGCAAGAUUGAAAUCGUCUGCAAUGGCUGGAAUGGUCUCAAGUUGCAUAGCCAGGGUCGUACUUGGGAGCUGUACAAGGGCGAUAGCUUCACCAGUGAAACAGAGGGCUCCGAGAUCAUAAUUGAUGUGCAAAACUCGCGUGUUCUCGUCCAAUGGCCCAAGCGGGCUCUUGAUCAUCUCUCCGACACCACUUGGGAUUCUCCUCCCUGCCAGGCUCGUGCCCAGGCCAUUCUCCAGUCUUCCCCUCCUCGUCGCGCUUCUCGUAUUGCUUCUCCCGAGAGCCCCACGCCUGCUAGUCUCUCUAGCUCCCGCCGCCUCCAGGCUCUGCUCCCCGGACAGCGUGACAUUGAAAUCUACGAAGACGAUGCUGAGCCUGAGCUCCCUGAGCACAGGCAUGAUCCUACUAACAUCAAUGUCAGCAUGUGCACCGACGUGACUGCCAGCUUCAGCAGUGAGGUCAGUGAUGGUGAGGACAACAACCCUGAUGAGGAGAAUGAUCCUAUUGUGCACUCUUUCGGGCCUUUUGGCGCCGACAUUUCCUGCCGGUUGGCUUCGAUAACGACAAAGUCUCCCAAGGUGUUCAAGGGUGUCAAGCGUGCCAACCCUCUCCACAGCGCUAUUGCUUCCGAUCUGUUCGCUCCUCGUCAGAUUCCUGCUCCUCCUCAGUCUCCUCGCAAGCAGCAGGCCAGAACCGAGUCUCCACUCUCGUCUCCUCCUCGAAUGUCUUCUCCGACUCCGGAGAUCUUCAGGAUGUCCUUUGAGUCCCACCCUGCUGUUGGUAACCAUGUCAUCAACCAGCUCGCUUUCUCGCGUUUGUCUUCGACUCCUCUGUCCACCAUCAUGGCCCACCUCCCCUCCGAGGAGAAGCGAGACAUUUCCAAGGACGAUCUUCGCGAUGUUAUCGAGAGUACACCCUGCAUUGGUAUCAUCAAGCGUCAGGGCAAGGAUGCAGCUGGCAAGCCCCUCGAGAGCGAGUACUACUACGUACCGGAGGAAGACGAUGACCAGCAACGUCGCGCCGCAGUCGUCGAUGGUCUUCGCAAGCCCAGUCUCCGCGCUUGUCGCAAGCAACACAAGCAAUACUACUGGAAGCGUCCCAAGACUCCUUGAUCCACCCGUCUUUUCACGUACAUACGAUUCUUCGCUCCGAGAGAUGACUACAUGAAUCUCAAAGUUUCCUGUUCAACGGUGGAUGUCUGUGUUUUUGCUGUAUACCCCCUUUAUCAUUUCCAUGUUUUAUUUUUACAUUUCUUGUCCAUGACGGCUCUCAUGUUUCGCAAACUGCAUAGCAUCGGCGUCUUAGUUUAUUUUAUUUCUGCAUGAUGGAGUUGGAAGGGCUUAACAAAAAAGGACCGAGAUAUGCCUUGUUGAGCAUAUAGAAAGGAAAGGGUUUGGGGUAGCGUAUUCUUGUACCUGUUUUUAAUGUGUGUAUGGUAUGUUGUAUGAGAGCAAAGCAAUGGAAUAUCACCAAUUAACCUGUUGAA